CAGUUCCCGUUCCUCAUUUCCGCAAUCUAAAAAGUUGCGGCGCUGUCUCCUUAGAAGGUGUGGACGACUAUUAUUUGUAGUAUAAGUUGAUUUUAUCUGAAUUCGCCGCAGAUAUGAGCGAAAUAAAUACGAACGUUGACGAGAGUAAAGCGAAUGGUGAUAAAACAGAGGAAGAGGAGUGGGCUGCAGCUAAAGUCGCCUUUGAAAAUUUAAAAGCAAAGAAACCACUGCCACCCAAACCUCGGUUUGCCGUCACCAUCGCAGUGUCAUCUCGCACGCUGUUUGACAUGGUAAAGGAAAGGAAAAUCUACGAGGAGGAGGGUGUGGAAAAGUACGUUGCCUACCAGCAACAGCACGAGGAUGAGCCUCUGAUGCCAGGCGCCUCUUUUCCUUUUGUGAAGGCUCUAAUGAAUGUGAACAAACGGUUGAGGGAGCUGUACCCUGAAGGCCAGGAGCUGUUUGACAUUGUCCUGAUGACUAAUAACCCUGCCCAGAUCGGGGUGCGCCUCAUUAACAGCAUCAAUCACUACGAUUUAACAAUUGAGCGGUUCUGUAUGACGGGUGGGAAUAGCCCAAUUGGAUAUCUGAAGGCCUACAUGACCAACCUCUACCUCUCAAAAGACUCUGAAAAAGUACAGGAAGCAAUUGAAGAAGGUAUCGCAGCUGCUACAAUGUUCACUCCACAAAAGGAGAUCCAAUUAAGUGACACACAGCUGCGUGUGGCCUUCGAUGGUGAUGCUGUCCUCUUCUCUGAUGAGUCCGAGAUCAUUGUGAAACAGCAUGGGCUAGACACCUUCUUUGAACACGAGAAGAAGUAUGAGAACAAGCCCCUAGCACAGGGGCCCCUGAAGUGCUUCCUGGAGGCACUGGGGAAGCUCCAGCGCAAGUUCUACGCCAAGAAUGAGCGAAUGGACUGCCCCAUCCGGACCUACCUGGUGACAGCCAGGAGCGCAGCCAGCUCCGGGGCCCGGGUACUGAAGACCCUACGGAGCUGGGGUUUGGAGAUCGAUGAGGCACUUUUCCUCGCCGGAGCCCCCAAAGGUCCACUUUUGCAGAAGAUCCACCCACACAUCUUCUUCGAUGAUCAGAUGUUCCACAUUCAGGGGGCCGAGGAGCUGGGAACCAUUGCUGCCCAUGUGCCUUAUGGAAUUGGACAAAAGUACCACAAGGGUAAACUUAUUGAGAAGACCCCUAAGGAGUAAAGUACUCGGCUCUCUACAUAGGAUAGGAAAACAGGAAUAAUUGUACACAAUGGUAGAAUAUUAGUAGCUUCACGGCAGUUCUGUCUAGUUCGCAUCAGUAUCUUGAACUAUGACGUUGAAUGAUCCAGGACACAGUUAUCAAAAUUUGCAUUGCAUUGUUAUAUUUUAAAUAUAUUUUUAUUCAUAUGAAACACAAUUGCCAUUAUCAGAAUUAUGCAAAACCUGAAAGUGGAAUUUCAAUACUGAAUGUAAAUGUUAGCUCAAUACAUACUGGUUUUGUAUUUUUGUAAGUGAAAAAGAAAAGCAAUGAUGUCAAGUCAAAUUUAUUUAUAAAGCACGUUUAAAAACAAACCAGAACCGGAAGUUGGCCAGUGUGCUGUACAGAAUAAAAGUAAAAGAUGUCUAAGAAUUUACACAAUGAUCACUUUAUUAGGUAGACCUGCAUACCAGCUUGUUAAUGCUGCCAAUCAUCUGGCAGCAACUAAAUGCAUGAAAGCAUGCAGAAAUGGUCAAGAGGUUCAGCUGUUUUCAGACCAAAUUUCAGAAUGGGGAAGAAAUGUGAUCAAAGUGACUUUGACCAUGGAAUGCCAGACAGGGUGGUUUUAUUAUCUCAGAAACUGCUGAUCUCCUGGGAUUUUCACACACAACAUUGCAGAGAAUGGUGCGAAAAACAUCCAGUGAGCAGCAGUUCUGCAGGCAGAACCACAUUGUUAAUGAGAGAGCUCAGAAGAGAAGGGCCAGACUGGUCAAAGCUGAUAGGAAGGUGAUAGUAAUACAAAUAACCACACAUUACCACACAGUGGUAUGCAAAAGAGCAUCUCUGAACACACAAUGGAUCAAAAUUAUUAAAUGGAUAGGCUACAGCAGCAGAAGACUUAAUAAGUGUUAAUCAGCACAUUUUUCUGGUACUUUCCAAGAAAUAUUUUCCUCUAAGAAGGGAAAGGAAUCUGUCUGAAAGAAAAUUAUUCUCCGUUUUUUGGAUUACAUUACACGAUGACGUUAUUAAUUUGGCACAUGGAACAAUUAAUUGUUUUUCAUACAUAUUAUACUCAGUUGCACCCAGUCAGUUGACCUCCAAUUCUGUAAAGACAAAAGCAAUGAGAUGGAUUGUAUUUUUUUUAGUUUACCAUACAAUUCUUUGUGCUUGUUGCGCUCUGAGGAAUGUCUCCAUGUGCCUCCAGUUUUUUUAACGGCGUACAUGUGCGUAACAAACUUUUGCGACUUGCACAUUUUGAUAUUCGUUUUUUUUUGACAACCUAUAUUCACCUCUUUAUGAAAGCGUAUAUCUUUUGUAUUACUCUUUGUUAAACUUUGUCGAAUACUUUACUAAUUCACUACAAUUUUCCAUGUUAACAAAAUUAGGCAAAACACAGGUACUCCUGUAGGGGGUGGGUUCACAAAAAAAAAAGCUGUUUCAUAUUUUACAUAUUAUUAUGAAAGGUUAUCUUGAUGUUGUUCUUGCAUUCCAUGUUGAAAACUGGUUUCUGGGAUGACCUACAGGUUGUCAGACAAAAUGGCUAAAAACUCACUAUUGAACAUAUUCUUUUUUGAUAACACUGUAGUGAUUUAUAGUGGUAAGAUUCCUGCUUAGCAGUAGGACCCUUUUACUCAUGCUUGUUGACUAUUGACAACAUAAUGGGUGGAUUAAUGCAUUUUGUGGCUAUAAUAAUCCAACACAACGUGUUGAAGAUUUUUUCUUUGGUCUGAUGACUAUAUGUAGUUUCUUAUUUCUGACACUUGAAAUGGCUUGAAAUAAGCUAUAGUAUUCAUGUAGAAGGUGCUAUUUCUAUGUAUGCUAGUAUGUUUUCUAGGCUAUGGUCUUUUGAUGUUCAUAUCUUUUUGCUUCAUUAGCAUACCUUAAAUUUUAUAUGGAUAAAUAAAGUUUUUGCAACCAAAAAAAAA